AUGGGUGACCACAAAUCGUUAUAUGACUCCCUCCCAAUUCCUACCUAUGAAGAGGCAACAUCCUCACGGCCCUCCUCCUCUCAGUCACGCCUCGGCCCUGAAGAAGUAAGCGACGAUGCUGAAAGGCAACAACUCCUCGGCCAUGGCGCGGACACGGGGAGCCCCCAAUAUCCGCGAGGAUAUCAUCCACCAACAGUGGAAUCCGUUCGAUCUAGCAUCGAAUACCUGGCGUCAUCGGUUGAAGGAUCGACACGAGAUUCUACCGAGAGCUUACGAAGAGAAUUAGAGCAAAUGGACGUGGAGGAACCCGAAAGCACCCAGCAAUCUGCUCGCUCUGCUUUCUCGAAACGCUUCACCCACCUUAGGAGAACUCUCUCCUCAAUACAGCUCCCCUUACGGAAAUAUCUCCCAAACAUUUCUUUCAAUUUUAGCUUUCUGCCUCCCGGUGCAACCGAAGACGCUCAAAAAUGCAUUCUUCUCCUUCGCCUUUUCGCCAUUCUUAUCGUUGCGUCGAUCAUAUACUUUCUCGUCGUAUCCGAUAUAUUCAGUUUUGGCUCGUUCAACUUUGGUCGGGCAUACGAGCCUGAAUCAGUCCGAGAAUAUGUCCAGAACCAAGUCAACGAAACAAACAUCGCGGAGAACCUCAAGUUCCUCACUCAGUUCCCCCAUAUUGCAGGAACAGAAGGAAACUAUGUAUUAGCGGAAUUUAUGCAAAACAAGUUCAACGCAGCUGGCCUCGAAGAUGUCAAAAUGGAGAGGUUUGAUGUGUAUCUGAAUUACCCCAGAAAAGAUGGCAGGAGGAUAGCUAUUGUUGAACCCGCCGAAAAGCGUUGGGAGGCUAUAAUCGACGAAAAUAGUGCAUACGCAGCGCCUCCAAGAGAGCAGACGCUGGUUUUCCACGGGCAUUCGAAGUCUGGGAAUGUCACUGGCCCUCUUAUUUAUGCGAAUUAUGGCUCACGAGAAGAUUUUGAGACCUUGGCCAAACUUGGUGUUCAAGUAAAGGGCUCAGUAGCCCUAGUGAAAUACUAUGGCUCUCAGGGUGACCGGGCAUUGAAGGUUAAAGCUGCAGAAUUAGCUGGUGCUAUAGGAUGUAUCAUAUACUCCGACCCAUCAGAAGAUGGGUUCCGGAAAGGUCCCGUUUGGCCAAAAGGAAGAUACAUGCCCAGCGAUGGCGUGCAACGUGGGGGCGUCAGUUUGAUGUCCUGGGUUGUUGGGGAUGUAUUGAGCCCAGGGUUUUCCUCGCGCCCUGAGGAGAAAAAGAGGUUACCGGUCAGCGAAAGCCCGGGUCUUACUAAGAUUCCAAGCUUGCCUAUUGCAUGGAGAGAUGCUCAACAUUUACUACAAGCCAUCCAAAGCCACGGGAAAACAGUACCAAAGGAGUGGGUUGGCGGUGUGCCUGACGUGAAAGAAUGGUGGACAGGCGAUGCCUCUUCGCCUAAAGUCAACCUUAUGAACCUUCAAGAUGAAGUGGAGCGCCAGCCAAUAUACAACGUUCUUGGAAGGAUUAGCGGAGUGGAGCAGCCAGAAAAGAAAGUCAUUAUCGGGAGUCAUCGUGAUGCGUGGUGUUUUGGCGCUGCGGACCCUGGAAGUGGCUCUGCUGUUCUAUUGGAAGUUGUCCGAAUAUUUGGAGAGCUUAAAGCUCUAGGAUGGAGGCCACUACGCACCAUCGAGUUUGCAAGCUGGGACGGGGAGGAGUACAACCUCAUUGGCUCCACGGAACACGUUGAGAAUAGGCUAGAGGAUCUCCGUAGCGAUGGAUUUGCCUACCUUAACGUCGAUGUGGCGGUAUCUGGAGACAAGUUCUGGGCUUCAGCGUCUCCUCUUUUUGAGACCGCACUUCUACGCGUGUUGACACGCGUUGGCGACCCAAAGACUGGCAAGUCUUUACGGAGUAUCUGGGAAGAAAGUAAUUCGAAACUCCGAGGCUUGGGUGCAGGUAGCGACUAUGUUGCCUUUCAAGACAUCGCUGGCACCUCCAGCAUUGAUUUCGGAUUUGAAGGUGACAUGUAUCCAUAUCAUAGCUGCUACGAUAAUUAUGAGUGGAUGGCCACGAUGGGCGACCCAGGUUUCCUUCACCAUAGAGCCCUUGGUCAAGUAUGGGGUCUCCUACUUUUGGAAUUGGUUGACCGCCCCAUCUUACCAUUCAAUCUAAGAGCGUAUGCCGCAGCUGUCGCUCGAUAUGUAUCCGAAUUGCACGACUACGCCAAGAGAAAAUCGGUUCCCCUAAAACCCUCGCCAAAGCGGACUGCAAGGGACACCUCUGAUAUACACGUCGACUUUCAGCCUUUAUAUGAUGCAGCCAAGGCAUUCCACGACAACGCAGAUACGUUCCACAAUUGGGCCCGGCUGUGGAAUUCGACAGUCCGUGCGAACAAUGGCUUCGAGAGCAAGGUUUUCGCCAUUCGAAGAAUGAGCCACAACAGUCACAUGGCCUACUUUGAGACGACUUUGCUCGAUUUAGAAGAAGGUGGCGGCGUUCCUAACCGCACCCAAUUCAAACAUAUUAUUUUCGGGCCGCAGAAGUGGUCCGGCUACGAUGAAGCAUUUUUUCCCGCAAUCAGAGAUGUGAUUGAUUCGGGAAACUGGACAGAAACACAACACUGGAUUAACAGGGUGUCGACACUACUCACGAAGGCGAGCAUCAAAUUAAACCAUUGA